CUGGGGGUGGCGAAUGAAAGAUUGACAGAGGGAGAAAGGGGAACACAGACACCAGUGAGAGGGACUAGUAACUCCUGUCCUGUCCUGUCCUGUCCUGUCGUCCUCAUCAUGGACCUCUCCGCAGCCACACUACUGCUCGUCUGUCUUCUUUACACAGUGGCCGCCCAGGCGCCCUCGCUGUCUGUCGAACCGCGGAGUCUGGCAGCGCAGCAGGGCGAGACGGUGAGCUUCCGCUGCCGCGUGCUGAGCGGAACACAACCCGUCAAGCUGGAGUGGAAGAAGACCAACAACCAGCCACUGGGAGGUAAUGUGAAGACGGGUCCUGACGGGACAGUGCUGACCAUCUCCAACGUUCAGACAAGCAACCUGGGGUCCUACCGCUGCAUAGGAACCAACAGCCAGGGGAGGGGAACCAUCACGGCCUCACUCAACAUCAAACAGUCCCCAAAGGUGCGUGUCACCCCUGCCAGUCCUGUAGAUCUCAGAGUGGGUGGAGCUUUGUCUCUGGAAUGCCACGCCACCGGAAAGCCCCGCCCCACGAUCAAAUGGUACAGACAGGACGGAACACAUGAGACAGCACUCGUUGCCACGACAACCACUCAUUCCAGUGCCCAGUAUAAGGUGGCAGCAGUGAGCACUCAGCAUGCGGGCACCUAUAUCUGUCGUGCCCAGAACAAGGAGGGCUCCACUGACGUGAAGGUGCAGGUGCGUGUGGAGGGCGGGCCUUCCGGGGGUGCGCUGCCCAGGGCUACGGUCUCAGUGGAAGAGAUCGCGGCAGUGCAGGGGCAGACCGUCACCAUGCAGUGCCAGGCUACCGGUUCUCCUACACCAGUAAUCUCCUGGUCCAAGUUACGGUCUCCGAUGCCAUGGCAGCAUAAGGUAGUAGGGGGCACCUUGACCCUCACUAACGUUGGGAGACAGGACUCAGGCCAGUACAUCUGCACCGCUACUAACUCAGCAGGAGAGACUGAGGCCUACGUGCAGAUGGAGGUGGAAUCCCCGCCCUACGCCACCUCCAUACCUGACCAGGUGACGGCUCGAGCGGGCGACACCCUCCGGCUGCAGUGCCUCGCCCACGGCUCUCAUCCAAUCCAGUUCCAGUGGAGCCGAGUGGGCGGAGCCUCCCUUCCUGCCGGGGCGAGGAUCACCAGCGAGGGCUUGCUGCUGGUUGGUCAGCUGAGCUCGAGUGACAGCGGCGUCUACAAAUGCACGGCCACCAAUCACGUGGGCUCCCACGAGGCCCAGGCCAGAGUGACUGUAAGAGGCUAGGAUGUGAGGCGUCCGGCACAUCCUGCUUAGGCUCCUGGUGAUGGCCUCAUUCCACAGCCGCCUCUCAAAGCUACGCUACACACACACACACACACACACACACACACACA